AUGCCGUUCGAACAUUCACCGCCACGAGACGGCUUGAAGCCCGACGAGACAGAUGAGGAUUUACAACUCGAGGCAAGCGGUCAAGGAACGGCAGCAUUAGGAGGUUCGCACGCAGGGCAUACACAAGCAGCAGUAACCCAUCCGUUAAUAGACGAGGCAUGGGUCAGCGCAACGCACAAAGUAAGGUUACCGCAACCAUUUUGGCGCGAAAUGCCUACGCAGUGGUUCAAUGUAGUAGAAGCCACUUUUGCAUUGAACCGCAUCACAAGCGACGAGACUAAGUUCCGACAUAUCUUAAGUAAUCUAGAUCGGACCACCAUUCCAUUCGUCACUGAUUUAAUUACUGACCCCCCAAGCCAGAACAAAUACGACGCGAUCAAGACGAGAAUUAUUAACGCCUUCGGUGAAUCUAAAGAAACGAAACUGCGAAAACUAUUACGCGGCCAUGAAUUAGGCGAGAGCAAACCCUCGCACCUUCUACAGCGUUUGCGAAACUUAGCAGGUAAAGACUGCACCGACAUUAUGAUCCGCAGCUUAUUUCUAGAACAGUUGCCGGAAAAUGCGCGCAGCAUCCUAGCCAUUUCAUCCGAGGGCGACCUGGACACACUAGCGCUACAAGCAGACCGGAUUAUAGAAACCAUUAAGCCACAGCUAGCACUGAUCCGAGCCGAUAGCCAACAACCAGCCACGAGUCAAACGACGCCCGGAAUACAAGCGGAAAUCAACGAGAUACGAAAAAUGGUGGAAAAACUCUCCGCCGAGUUCAAACACAAGAGGCCCCGAAGCAAUACCAGACCUACAUACCACAACAGGUCCAGAUCCAAAAGCCGAGACAAAACCGCGGGUACCCAAGAUUCUAACGUGCUUUGCUACUAUCACUCGCGAUUUGACAGGAAGACGGGAACCACCUUUUUAGCCGAUACGGGAUCAGAUAUAUCCGUUCUACCUAGGAGCUUUAAAAAACACUGCAAUAACGAGACUAACCUAUCACUUUUUGCAGCUAAUGGAUCAAGAAUCAAGUCAUACGGAAACCUGGAACUAGAACUCAACUUGGGUUUAAGACGUGCCUUUAAAUGGAACUUCGUAAUCGCGGACGUUUCAACACCGAUCCUAGGAGCGGAUUUCUUUUACCACUUCAACCUACUCGUGGACUUAAGGAACAGAAAGCUCAUUGAUGGAAUCACACAACUGAAAACCGAAGGAAAAGUUACGAGCAAACAGACACAAUCAGUAUACAUACUGAAACACCAACACACCACACAUUCGCAAAUAUUGGCCGAGUUCAGCGAUAUUACCAUACCCUCAUCCAAGAAGGUAAAGAUACACACAGUUGAACACUACAUUUUAACAGAAGGACCACCACUCACAGAUCGUGCGAGACGUUUAACUCCCGAGAAGUUGAGGUUCGCCAAAAGGGAAAUCGACAGCUGGAUCAAAGCAGGAAUUUGCCAGCCAGGAAGCGGCCAAUGGGCAAGUGCAAUUCAUUUGGUUCCCAAAAAGGACGGCAAAUGGCGAAUUUGCGGCGACUACCGACGCCUAAACAAAGUAACCGUACCAGAUAAGUAUCCUAUACCGCAUUUACAGGACUUUGCUCAUAAAUUGCACGGCUGUACGGUGUUUAGUACAAUUGACUUAACACGUGCAUGUCACCAGAUUCCAAUGGCGACACACGAUAAAACAAAGACAGCUCUAAUCACUCCUUUUGGAUUAGCACAAGGAACACUGAGGCAGGUUUUACAACGAUUAAAAGAGUACGGACUCAGCAUCAACGCCGAGAAAUGCAACCUAGGCCAACAGGAAGUCAAGUACCUCGGAUGUUCAAUUACCAAAGACGGUACCAAACCGAUACAAACCAAAGUCGAGGCAAUAUUACGUAUCAACAAACCAAAGACAAUCGAAGAACUACGAAGAGUGCUGGGCAUGAUAAACUUUUACAGACGAUUUAUACCAGCGGCAGCACGAACACAGGCACCACUCCACAUCCUCACACACGGAGCAACAAAAAAGGAUAAACGCUCACCAAACUGGAACCAAGAAACCGAACAAGCUUUCGAAGACUGCAAGAGGCAAUUGGCAGAAGCUACGUUAUUAGCGCAUCCAGCGGAAGACGUUCCAUUAAUACUAAGUACGGACGCAUCGGAUAUCGCAAUCGGAGCGGUUUUAGAGCAGCGCAUCAAUGGACAACGCCAACCAUUGGGUUUUUUUUCAAAGAAAUUAACCCAAGCACAGACCAAAUAUAGUGCAUAUGAUCGAGAGUUACUCGCAACUUAUGAAGAAACCAGACAAAGCUUCACCACGACAGAUACGACAGCUUGGUUUCAUAAGCCAGUUCGUCAACCACAUGAACAUAUCGCCGGGAAGAACAACAUAAUAGCCGACACCCUCUCCAGGAUCGAAGCAAUAGACAUGCCGGUGAUCGUCAGUACACAGGAAAUAGCAAGAGAGCAGCAACGACGCGGAACUGCAAAACCUACUGCAAGGACACUCCGCACUCACGCUCCGAAAACUGCGCCUAGACAACUCUGA